CUCAGGGAACGCGCUUCGUUUCCCCUCCCCUCGUCAGCCUCGCGCCGGCCUCCGCGCUCCUCCCCACUUCUCCUGGCUCCUGUGGCCGCUCCCUGAGUGGAGGAGCCUGGAGCCCCAGAGGCGGGGGGGUGUGUCGGACGCGUGCUCGCGCCCUCCAACCGCCGGCCACGGCCACGGGGGCGCGCUCUGCCGAACCCCCGGCUGUGGCGCUGGGCCGAGGGGAGGGGGCUGCUCUGGCGUCUGAGGUGGCGCGCGGCGGCCGUGGUGGUGGCGGCUGCAGCUACGGCGGCGCGCUCGGGGCCCGCGUCUAGGGCGCCCCCGGGUUGGAGCUGCAGCCGUGGCCGCUGCUUCCAGAACCAUGUACCGCAGCGGCGCCCGCUCCUCGGUCUCUUCUCACCGGCCUAAAGACGGCGGCGGUGGCGGCCCGCGCACCGGUCGCAGCUCCGGCUCCUCCUCAGGCCCGGCUCGCCGCACCUCGCCGCCGCCCUCCGGUUCCUCCUCGUCGCGGACCCCGGCUCGGCGACCCCGCUCGCCCUCAGGGCACCGCGGCCGCCGGGCCUCGCCGUCCCCGCCGCGGGCCCGUCGUGGCUCCCCGUCGCCACCGCGGGGCCGACGACUCUUCCCGCCGGGCCCGGCUGGCUUCCGAGGCAGCAGCCGGGGGGAGUCCCGCGCUGACUUCUCCCGGGACGGCCGCGGAGACCAUCCAGGCGACAGCGGCAGCCGGAGACGCUCUCCUGGUCUGCGUUCUGACUCUUCUUUGGAACAGAGCUUAAGGAUCACUGUUGGCAAUGAUCACUUUUGUGUUACCACACCAGAACGGCGACGGCUUAGUGAUCGACUGGGAUCACCAGUGGAUAAUCUGGAGGACAUGGACAGGGAUGAUCUGACUGAUGACUCUGUCUUCACUCGAAGCUCCCAAUGCUCUCGGAGUCUUGAGAGAUAUAUUUCCCAGGAGGAGGAGCCUCUCAGUCCCUUCUUGGGACAACUUGAUGAGGACUACCGAACAAGAGAAACUUUCCUGCAUCGAUCUGAUUAUAGUCCCCAUAUCAGUUGUCAUGAUGAGCUGUUGCGGGGAACAGAUCGAAAUAGAGAAAAACUCAAAGGCUCCUACUCUAUACGAUCUGAGGAGAGGAGUCGGGAAGCCAAAAGAGUCCGUUAUGAUGACACAGAGAAGAUACACAGCAUGGGAGGGGAUCACUCAAGUUUUACAUCAGGGACUCGCAACUAUCGACAGCGUAGACGAAGCCCAAGCCCUAGGUUUCUAGACCCUGAGUUUCGAGAGCUGGAUCUUGCCCGGCGAAAGCGAGAGGAAGAGGAAGAACGAAGUAGGAGCUUGAGUCAGGAGCUGGUGGAAGUUGAUGGUGAUGGCACUAGUUGUCCCAUCCCUGGAUUAUCAGGUGUCCUAACAGCAUCGGAGUCAGGAUAUUCUUUGCAUCGGCCUGAGGAAGUAUCUGUGAUGCCCAAGAAGUCCAUUUUGAAGAAGCGGAUUGAGGUGGACAUAGAGCCUUCCAUGCAGCUGGAGAGUUUUUCCAGCAGUACCAGCUCCAGCCAGGAUCACCCCCUCUACUCUGGACACCCAUCUCUUCCACUAAGUGGUGCUAUUGCUGCCUUUGCCUCAGAGAUUGAAAACAAGGGGACUAUGGUAGAGACUUCCCUGAAGGAACCUCAGGGCAACCUCUACCAAUGGAGUCCCCUCCCUGGAAUGCCCAAAGACAAUAGUCCUCUCAGAGAAAAAUUUGGAGGUUUUCUGUGCCGCAAGGAGAAACUGGAUAUGAAAGCUGAGGGACCUGAGCGAAACACAGACUUCUUACUGCCCCAUGAGAAAGCUAGCCAGGAUGGCAGUGGUUUUUCCCGCAUUCUGAGCAUGUUGGCUGAUUCUACCAGUACACAGGAAAAAAGGCGACGUAGCUUCCCUGACAUUGAGGAUGAGGAGAAAUUUCUCUAUGGGGAUGAAGAAGAGGACUCAAAGGCAGAAUCUCUACCAAAGCCCCUUGGGGCCUCUGAAAGUGAAGUUAUGAGGCAAAAGACAAGCUCCCUGCCCUCUUCAGCGCCAGCUGUAAAGCUAGAAUCUCUAGAAGAGACCAAUCCUGAAUACGCCAAGAUUCAUGACUUGCUUAAGACCAUAGGGCUGGAUAUUGGAGUAGCAGAAAUUAGUAAACUGGCUGCGCGCACCCAGGAGCGGCUUCAUGGCAAGAAGCCAUCAUCACGAUCCUCAGCUGACCGCUGUUCCUCAGUUGACCGGCAUUUUUCAGCUGACCGCUGUUCCUCAGUUGACCACCAUUUCUCAGCUAAUCGGCGCUCCUCAGAUCCCCACAGACUGGAGAGCAGGGAUGCACACCAUAGCAAUACUCUCUCCCCGGAGGUGUCCCAUCCACACCCAGCCUCCCCUGUGGAUCCUUACCUACUCACAAAAAACAGCCCCCCAUUCCUAAAGUCUGACCAUCCAAUGGGUCAUAUUUCAGGCCCAGAGGUGGUUGGCAGUGGGUUUCAGUCAUCUGUUGCAGUCAGGUGCAUGUUGCCAUCAGCCCCAUCUGCCCCAAUUAGACUUCCACAUUCUGCUUCUUUAUCUCAGUUUCAUAUGCCAAGGGCCUCUCAGUUUGCUGCAGCUCGGAUACCUCCAAACUACCAGGGACCUGCCAUUCCACCUGCCUCCUUUGAUGCAUAUAGGCACUACAUGGCAUACGCAGCCUCAAGAUGGCCCAUGUACCCCACCUCUCAACCAUCAAACCACUCUUUACCGGAACCACACAGGAUAAUGCCAGUAACCAAACAAGCUACUCGUAGCCGUCCUAAUCUCCGUGUGAUCCCUACUGUGACCCCUGAUGAGCCCAAGCAGGAGGAGUCAGUGCUAGGCUCAAUUCCUGCGGCCCAAGUGCCUGUCCAGGUGUCCAUCCCAUCACUCAUAAGAUAUAAUCCAGAGAAAAUCUCUGAUGAGAAGAACCGUGCUUCCCAGAAGCAGAAGGUUAUUGAAGAGAGGGAAAAACUAAAGAGUGACCGGGAAGCCCGCCAGAAGAAGAUGUACUAUCUCAGGACCGAAUUGGAGCGGCUUCAUAAACAACAAGGAGAAAUGCUGCGCAAGAAACGAAGGGAGAAGGAUGGCCACAAAGACCCACUCCUGGUGGAGGUGAGUCGGCUUCAGGAUAACAUUAUGAAGGACAUUGCAGAGCUACGACAAGAGGCAGAAGAGGCAGAAAAGAAGCAAUCUGAACUGGACAAAGUGGCUCAGAUCCUGGGAAUUAACAUCUUUGAUAAAUCCCAGAAGUCUUCAAAUGACAGUAAAGAGCCUACAGAGAAGCCUGGGAAAGCAGAAAAAUCUAAGAGCCCAGAAAGAGUGUCAUCGUCUCCAAACUCCUCCAACAACAAGGAGUCAAAGGUAAACAAUGAGAAGUCCCGUACUAAGAGCCCCAAGCCUGCUGAAAGCCCCCAGUCAGCAACUAAGCAAUCUGAUCAGCUCACUGCUGUGUAUGAGUAUUACGAUGCUGGCAAUCACUGGUGCAAAGACUGCAACACCAUCUGUGGAACCAUGUUUGAUUUCUUCACCCAUAUGCACAAUAAGAAGCACACACAGACACUGGAUCCCUACAACAGACCUUGGGCUUCAAAGACCCACAGUGAGGCCAAGCAAGAUGCUGUAAAGCGCACUGACAAGAUAACUGUCCCAGCAAAAGGCUCUGAGUUUCUGAUUCCCAUCACUGGAUUUUACUGCCAGCUCUGUGAGGAAUUUUUGGGGGAUCCAAUUUCUGGGGAGCAACAUGUGAAGGGUCACCAACAUAAUGAGAAAUACAAGAAAUAUGUGGACGAAAACCCAUUGUAUGAGGAGCGGCGUAAUCUGGACCGCCAAGCUGGCUUAGCUGUGGUCCUAGAGACAGAACGGCGAAGGCAGAGUGAGCUAAAGCGCAAACUUAGUGAGAAACCAAAGGAGGAGAAAAAAGAAAAAAAGACAAAAGUCAUGAAAGAAGUAAAAGAUGAUGACACCGUCUCUGAGGAAUUAGAAGACCAACUCUCUGAGGGUAGGAACUCCCUUGGAAAAGCUGAAAAUAAAAGGAACACCAGCAUCAAACUCCAAUUAAAAGAAGAGGUAAAGAAGGAUUCACCAACAUCAUCUUCUUUUGGGAAAUUCAGCUGGAAGAAGCCAGAAAAAGAGGAGGAAAAAAGUUCAGUGGUUGCCCCAGGUAUCCCUAAAGAAGAGAUCAUGGAAAGCAGUAAGGACAAAGAGGAUGGCAAAACUGAAACUGGAAAGGCAAAGCCCAUCAAAAUCAAGCUCUCUGGGAAAACUGUUGUUGCACAUACCAGCCCUUGGAUGCCUGUUGUGACAACUUCAACACAGACUAAGAUCCGACCCAACCUGCCUAUUCCAUCCACAGUACUCCGCAAGUCAGGUUCAGCCACAGUGAGCAAACCAGCUCCUCUUAACACCUUUUUGUCCAUCAAAUCCUCUGGAACCACUGCUAAACCUCUGCCAGUAGUUAAAGAGUCUUCAGCUGAUCUGCUCUUGCCUCCAGACAUCAUCUCCAAAGCAUUUGGAGGGGAAGAGGUGAUUCUAAAAGGGUCUCCUGAGGAAAAAAUGGUGCUGGCUGAGAAGAAUGAGCCGUCCCAUAUACCAGAGCAAAUGUUACCACCACCUCCACCACCUCCACCCCCACCCCCUCCACCACCCCCAGCCAUACCUCAUCCAGCUGCCCCGUCUGCUACGCAAGCAAGUGUCUUGGCUCCAGUAAAAUCAAGCCCAGCUGUAUCUCAGACUCUCAGCCCUGGCCUCCUGGGUCCUAACAUUUUGAACCCAAUAUUGCCUGUAGCCAUCAGGGCCUCAGCACAGCCAGCUGCCAUUCCUUCUGAUGAGACAGCUCCUGGGGUGAGUGAGAGUGACCGGGACCAGACCCUGUUCUCUGUGUUAGUACGUCCUCCUCCACCCCUCUCAAGUGUGUUCAGUGAACAAGCCAAAAAAUUGGAGAAGCGAAAUUCAUGCUUAGCCACAGCCAAUGCUAAGGACCUGUAUGACAUAUUCUACAGUAGUGGUGGAAAGGGGGUCUCUGAGACUAAGCUGAGUGGUGGUCCAUUGGCCAAUGGGGAAAAUAGCAACCUCUCUAGAGCUGAAAGUUCAGACACCUCUUCUACUUCAAGCAACAGUGUAUCCCAAGAGAAGUCUCAAGAUACUAUAGUCAACAACUCUGAAAAGCCCAUUGCAAAAACUCUGGUGUCCUUAGGGAAAUGGUCAGUUGUAGAACACAUAGACCCAAAAAGCAGAGAGAGCAGCUAUGGCUUCUUACAGCCUCUGACAAGGUUGUGUCAAAGCAGGUCUUAUGAAACUCUUACCCCAAAGACAGACACUUUGGCCAUGUGGACUUCUAGUUCUUUCCAGAAUGACACUAAUAGGGAUAUAUCUCCAGAGGAGAAAACUGAGCUUGAUCUGGGAGAGCCAGGGCCACCUGGUGUAGAACCAGUCCCUCGGCUCUUAGAUAUACACUGCUAUACCAAGGAAUCGCAGAAGUUGGUAGAAAUCCACCUCAUAGAAUCUGGUAACCAGAAAAAAGAAAGCCAAGAGCUCCACCAUUCUGAGGAUUGUGGAGAAAUUGAGGUAGAGACAAACAGUGAACUAAAAGGAAGGGUAGCAAAGCUUUCUGAGGGGAUAGUUGAAGAAGGAGCAGGGUACAACAUUGGGCCCCUCAGCAUAGAAGAUUCUAAUUUAAAUCAUGGGAACAGGUUCAUGUGGGAAGGAGAAUUAGAACAGCCUAAGUUGCUAAUGAUGAAUAAAGAGGCUGAACAGUCCAAGAAAUUGAUGGCAGGAAGUGAAACUCCAAGUAAAGUAGUGAUUGAAUUGAGUGCACAGGCUCUCCCUUCCACAAAGGCAAAAAUAGAUUCAUUUCCUUCAGAAGCCAGGUCUUUACUCCAGAACCCACAAGAUAUACCUGGGAAAAUUUCUGCCCCAGAAUUGCAUCUUCAAACCCCAGUCAGAUCAGCUAUGUGUUUAACAGAUAGUACACAGGAGCAAGGAGUUUCAGCUGGUAGUGAGGAGUGGCUAGAAAAUUCAACUCCAGAAUUAGCAUCCAGAACUACUAGGUACAGGAGCCUCCAACUCCAGAGAGAAAAAUUUUCAAAAGACUUUCAAGGUCAAAAGAUCUAUGAGCUGGCUGUUUGGAAUGAGAACAAGAAGAAGCCAGAGACCUGGGAGAGCCUGGAAAAAACAGAAGUGGAGGCUCUGGAGCUACGAGAUGUCCAUCCAGAAUUAACAGUGACAAUAGAAAGCAAGGCCUUAGAAGACUUUGAAGCUACAGACUUAAAGGUAGACGAGCUUGCUACCUUGGGGAAUCUGGGUGAUAUACAUGUUAAUUUCUGCAAUACUCGGAUAGACCCAGCACAUAGAUCUCCCACUACCUUGUCUCAGAAAGUAUGUGAAGAAAGUUCUAUAUCACCUCCAGGGUGUAAUCCUUCCACUCCCACUGACUUUGAACCAAUCCCAUCUUUUUCUGGGUUUCCGUUAGAUUCUCCCAAAACUUUGGUGCUUAACUUUGAGACAGAGAGUGAACAAAACUCACCUAAUCCCGUAAGUGUGAGGAUCACUUCUCCUAACAUUUUGAAAACUGAAUUUCCUGUAGAAAAUGUUGACUGUGUCUUGGGAGGCCUGGAGGGAACACACCAGGCCCUUGACCUGUUAGCAGGAGGAAUGAUGCCCGAGGAAGUAGAAGAAACUUCCCAAUUAGAGAAACAAGAGUCACUCAGAUUGGAAUCAGAAACAAUUAAUCCUGCAGGCCUUGGGCCAUCUCCUUGCCUUCCAGACCUUGUUGACUUUGUAACACGGACUUCUGGAGUUCAGAAAGAGAAACCAUGUUCUCUACUCCCUGAGCCAGGUGACCCUUCUACGUGUAGUUCCCUGGAGCUGGGCACACUACAGCUAGAAAUACCGAAUGCAUCCAUCACAGAGGUAGCAAUUCCUCAAGUACAUAAGGACAAUGGCAACCCUUUAAAUUUGGUAAAAACUCCAGCUUCACGGUCCCCUCCAAGGGAGCAGGUAGUUGGAGGCAAUAUGGUCCUUCAGGAAAUGCUUGAACAAGAAGCUACAGUUGAUAUCAUCCAGGACCACAGAGAAUUCAGUGUUCACAACCAAGAAUAAAUACUCAGAGCUACUUGCAGAUGAAUCAAAUUGGUUUCUAGAAACCAGAUGCCCAGAAGAGAUCCAGAACUAGUUUGUCAUCUCAUCUGGAACCUACACCGAGCAAUGCAGUCAGCAUCUUACAGUAAAUGUUUAUGGAAGCUAAAAAAUUUACCUCCUUUUUUUUCUUUCCCUUUAAAAUAUCAGACAAAUCAGUCAUAACUUCUAUACAUAUCUGUAAAAAAGUAUUUUCUGUUAAUUUGUUUUUUGGCCAAUUUAUUUUCUCCUACUUUGUCAUUAAAACCAAAUGUCUAUCUGGCUUACCGCAUAGUGUGCUUUGAUUGUAUUUUGGCUUUGACUCUGCCAUUUCUGGAAUGUGGGGGAGGAGGGAAGACAGCUGACUUCUCCAAUUGUUGUGUUGUAUUCCUACCCAAUUUCACGGGCAGCUGAUGGAUCUCUGGGAGAAACACCAGAAACCUUGCAGAAAUGGAAAACUUGGAGGAAGAAUUGUUCAUCUUUUAGGCUUUCAUUUGGAUGCCUUAACAUUGUUCGAAAUGCAACAUUAGUAGUAUUUUUGUUUACUGGUUACUUCCCUUAUUGGCAUGUCAACUCCUGUACCUCCCUUACUCUGUUGUCUUUGAGAUGGUCCUGCUUACCCACAGCCCUGUUUGGAAAUGGCCUUAGUAAACAUGGAAGAAAACCUGGCAGGCUCACUUUUGGAAGACAACAGAUCGGUAAGGCUUAUUCAUGGCUCAGUUCCAGGAGCAGAUACGCAUUUGGGGAUCACUUUUAAUUUUGAAAUGGCCUUUGUUCAUUGUAUUGUGAUCCAGUAACACUGUGUAUUAAAUUGUAUUAUAUUGUUUAGCAGCUAUUUCUGUUCUGAAGAGGUAGAAGAUCUGAAACUUGUCUUGGGAUCGGACUCAUUCCCUGCUCCACAAACCCAUAUGUAUCCUUUCCUCUACCUCCUCCUUUCCCAAGUUAUUUUCCACCACAGUGUGAUGUUUUGGGUUGUACAUUUUGUUAAAAAGAUUAAAGAAUUUAUGAGUUGGCUUGAACAAGUUUAACUUUAUUUUUAAUGUGUUAAUUACCUGGAAUAAAUGCAUUAAUCUCA